AAUUUUCAUCAAGAAGUCAAGAAAACAGAUGAUUCAGAAAGCUUGUCAAGCCUUGACAGUCUUGAGGCUGGAGAACAAAAUGGAAAUUACACAAUGCCGGGUGAAUCAUCUUUGACUACACAGUGUGACUGUGCCCUGUACAAUCCAGAAAAAUCACAAACUAGGAAUAAUGGUUUGCUUUAUACAGCUCUAAGUACUUCUAAAAAUAUGCAUCUAAAUAAUUGUCUGAGAAACGUAGAUUCACAAAACAACCACAACUUACCUAUUCAUGAUCUUUUAGCUAAACAUAAUGUUCUAACUCCUGCAGUAAACAAUUCAGAAGAGGAAUCAUCUGCUGCUCACAGAUCUGGAAAAAGACCUGCAGAGUCCUCUACCUCUGGUAAGCAAGAAAGCUCUGUAAGUAAGGCAUUUAUUUUUCUGCAAAAUAUAAAAGAAGAAAGAAGCAAGCCAUCUUCUGGUACGGCUAGCACAUUAGCUGCUGGUCAUCCUGUUUUCAAUCCUAGCAAAGCCUGGGCCAGCCCUGACUCUAUUCCAGGAGAGAGAGUUCAGGAUCUGAUGCAAGAUCAGAGUUUUAAAAUGACCCCACAAAAAAGAACUGUAUCUGUGCAAAACUCCAGUCAACCUAUUGCAACAUCUAUACUCUUAUUUCCUAAUCAGGGAUGUUCCGCUGGCAUUCCCAGCACAGCCGGUACGUUACCAAAGGACAAAAACAUCAGUAGAGAGUUUUUAAAAAAUACCUCAGGAAAAAUGACUGAAACAAAAGAAGAAAAUACUAAAUGUAUUGAUGACAUUAAUCCAGGCUCAUCUUUAUUUCAGGACAUACCAAAUGCCUCAGUUCCAUGCGAUGUUAAGCAACAGAAUAACAGAGAGGAAGAAAAGGGAAAUAUGGUAGAAACUAUGUCACUGAUGUCCGAUAUGGAGUUAAAUUCUGACACUCCUGCACAGCAUAAAACCCUGAAAAACAAUCUACUUGAAAGAAAAAGAGCAAGAUUAUUCACAAGUAUCUUAAAGAAGGAAUCUAAAUAUGAACCCAGUCAUUUCAAAGCUGUAGUUAUGAACCAGGGGAUCACUUUUGGAACACGACCUGUGUCUUCUAUCAGAGACAGUUUAGAACUGGCAAAAAUAAAAAGGAAAAGUGCAGAAAAUGAAAAAUACAAUAGAAAGCUAAGAUGGUGUGAUCAAAUUAACCAGAUAAUAAUAGAAAAUAAUGAAAAAUGCUAUGAAAAAACCACCAGUGAAAUAUCUUCUGCACAGCUGCAAUAUGUUCAAGCUACAAAUAAUGCUCCUAAGACUAAUUUAGGUAUUGUUGCUCAACCUUCAAACCCCAUGUUCAUAAAAAAUCAUCAGGAAAUCUCUCAUCUAUCAAAACCAAAUGUGAAUACUGAAGAAUUGAAUAAAGAAUGCACAUCUCUGAAUAUAUUUAUGUCUACUGGAUCCUAUUCUACUAAAAAAGCUUGGAUGGCAUCACAAGAUGAAGAAAGUAAACCCCCAGUAUGUAGCAAUAAUUCUAAAAUUAAUGAAGUUCAUCAACUCAAAAACAAGGCAAAAAUAACUAGAAGACUGAGAUCUGUAAGAGCCCAGCCAAGUUUUAUGCCCCAGAAGAGAACAGGCACUAUAGUCCAACCGCAGUCAGCCGCUGAAACCAACGAAACUGUGAAAGCUCCAGAGAAACUGCCAGCACCUCUCCCACCAUCCACACCUCUGCCGGGAAACAGAAGUGGCAAAAACGCGGCCAGCCCUGGGUGGCAGCCACUGCCGCCUUCACGUCUUCAAGCUACAAACAGGAAUGAUUUAAAUAACAGGCAUGUUUUGUUAGCAGAUCAAGUUUUAAAUAGAAAUGGUACAGAAAACAGUGAGAGGAUUACUUAUAGUUCAGACCUGGCCAUUGCGAUAUCUACACCUGGCUGCAGCACGGCCAAAUACAAACCUUGGGCAAAAAAUACUUGUUCUGUAAAUUGUGUUCAGGCAAAGGCCCGUCAGGGUCAUUCAGUAAACUGCACUGAAAGAAGACCUGCUAACGCAGAAAAUGGAUUACAUCUCCAGCACAUCCGAGCAGCUGGGAAAACAAGUACCCCCUGGCAAGGAGCACACACCGCUCGAGCUCCAAAAGACUCUGCUGCUGGUAGGAGUCUGGGUUUGGGGUGCGGGGAUGUUCAGACGAAAGUGCUAUUCAGCACCCUGUUGUCACAUUACAAUAAUUCGUAUAUAACUAAAUGGCAACCCUUUAAAGCUAAUGUGUCCCAUGUUACUGUUAAUGGCAGCGGCCAGAUGAGUGUUGUUCCUGUUACAAGACAAAAGAAGGAUUUUGACAAUGGUGAAAAUGAGCAGUUUUCAGAACACAGAAGGCAAACUGUAGCCUCUAAAAGAUGGAAACCUACUCAUCAUGCACAGAAUUCGUUAUGUACUGUCCAGCUGAGUCCUAUUCAAUCUUCAUUUGAUCCAGCCCAAAAUACGAAUAACACCUAUAAGCCUGAUGAAGUUUCAGAAAGCACUGUUCAGUUUCUAAUGGCAGAAAAACUAGCGAGUACACCAGUUGCAGAAGAUGAAAUCCUGGCAGCUAUGAAAAGUGUGCAGCCAGCCAGCCAGCCCUUGCUGCUUAACAGGGCUCCGUGUCCAGAAAUGAGUGCACUUUCAAUAGAAGAACAGAAGAUUCUCCAGUCUCUUGAUUGUCUCGAUCAAAGGCUACAAAAUAUUCAAGAAGCCAUUACCAGAAGCCCAUCUUCUUCAAAUGUUUUGCAGAUAAUCACCCCUUUA